AUGCCAGUAUCAUUCAUCCUAAUAUGCGGCGCGGUUUUUUGUGUGCCUUGUCUUGCAUACAGUGUAAGCUACACAGACUGCGGUUCAACCGGGAUUUUCGUGGUGUCAGUGGAUAUCGAACCCUGCAACCGUGAACCUUGCAAACUCAUUAAGGGGACAAGUGUAAUACGUGCUGGAGGAGCCAAUAUUCAAGGUUUAUAUCCUGCCGGACCAGUACGAAUACCCCUACAGCGCAACGGCAUCUGUGCUCAACUUGUUCCGACGUGUCCCAUAGAAGCUGGAGGAGUGUAUACUUACCAGGUCGCACGUACGAUGCCCAACAACGUUCCAGAUGUAAGCCACAACUUGAAACUAGGAGCACUUGCGUCCGCAUGUUUUGGUCCUAUGACGAUACGAUGGGAACUGUUAAUUGACAGUGGUUUGCCCUUUCUCUGCAUUGAACUUUCUGUGGAGAUCGCAGUGGCGGCGGAGUGA